AAUUCGAACCAAAAAAAAAAAAAAAGAAAAAAAAAACCAUUGUCGAUGGAGAAGCACAGUACUGAAAUUUCCAAAUUCCCAAAAUCUCCAGUUCGUCUUCUUCUUCUUCUUCUCUUACUUGUCCUGACCUUCGCCGUCACCGGCGAUGCUAAGCCGGAAUCUUAUCAGAUCCUAUACUCACAGCACUGCGACGGCGUCGUUCCGGAGGCGCACGUAUCACCGGACGCUGCCCCGGUUGCUGAUCCAUCUCAUUGGCUCACCUUAAACAACGCCCACCUCUUCGACGGCAAGGCGGAUGGGAAAUCUGGCCGGAUUGUUCGGCCCAAAGUCCUGCAUUUCGUAGCCCGAAAUGUCUACCGAACCCAAACACACGGUAUAUACAAGCUCGAAGGCUUUGUAGAAAUUAGUUUAUCUUACAGAGCAGGGUUUCCGGCCGGUUCAACCCGCCGCGGUUUGCGGCUUGUCUAUUUUCGGCCCCCGAGAUUCCCGAAGAGAGUCUAUCCGCAAAGUUUUCCGGUUACUGGCUUCUGGAACUCGGUCUCUGGGGAACUGUGUAUGGUUAGCUCGGGCUUGAAGCCGUUUGGCUCUGCUCAGGUUGGUCUGAAGCUCAAUUAUCUGAAUUCUUCAAGCAUUUUUGAUAGUUUGGUUAAUGGUAGCUUUUUAAGAUUUGAUGCAAAAAAUGGAAGUGCUUAUAGUAAGCCUCGGAAAAUCUUAGGGUUUUCUUUGAGGAAUUAUAGGUACACUUUGAUAGAUGAAGAAGUGGAGAAAAAUGGAUUCAAUGCCUAUGAUAGAUUUGUUAAUUCCUCGCUGGGAUUUAGCAGCAGUCAGGAUGUUUGUUUGAUUGUCAGUAAUGCGGUGUUUGAUUUGGAAUAUUCAACAGACUGUAAUGGUGUAAAUUGUGACUUCCUUGGUGGAAUUAGCUCGAACUCUACACCACGUGUUAUGUCUUUUAAAGAGAUUGAGUGUUCAAAAGAUGGGAGAGUGAGAUACAUGUUGCUUUUUAGUGAUCAGAGGUAUAAUUAUGUGGAUUUCCCUUUCUUACAAAACGCGACAUUGGUAGCUGAGGGUAAGUGGGAAGUGAGGAAAAAAAGAAUUGACAUGGUUGUUUGUCGGAUUUUGAAUGGUAGCCAUGUGUCUAGUGAGGGUUCGGUUGGGGAUUGUACAAUUAGGGUUAGCUUGAGAUUGCCAUCACGAUGGACAUUGAGGGAGAGGAGUGUUGUUGUUGGGAACAUGUGGAGUACCAAAAGCUCUAACGAGUUGGGGUACUUUAAGAAUGUGGUCUUUCGAAGUAUGAGAAAUAGGUACAAUAGGCCAGAUAAUGUGGUUUAUGAGUAUACAGAGAUUGAGAAAGCAAGGAGGUCAUGUGCGAACAAAAUGAUAAGCAAAGGCAAGGAAGCGAAAUAUCCUGAGGCACACUCAUCUGACAUGAGGUUUAACACAAUUUUGAGAAACAAAAAAGGGGUUGAAGUGUUGGCAUAUUCGUCUCCUAUGGCUGUGGGUGAAACCUUUUUUAAGUUUGCACAAGUACGUUCAGGAACAGAUGAGCCUACUGCCCUUGGGAAGGACAGUCAGAGCAGAGUUUUUAACAUCAGCUAUGUGUUGAGCUUUAAGACUCCAGAUGAUUUCGUGCUUGGUGGUAAACAUCGACCUAUCAAGUCACUAGAAAUUUCUGCCGAAGGUUUGUAUGAUUCUAAAACUGGGCAUCUUUGCAUGAUUGGAUGUAUGCAUUCUGCACCAAAUAAUGGGAGUUUAGAAGAAAGAUCUUUGGACUGUGAAGUACGAGUUGAUAUUCAGUAUCCACCAUUGAAUGCAAAAGCUGGCACUAGGGUAAGAGGAACCAUUGAGAGCUUGCGGGUGAAAUCUGACUCUCUUUACUUUGAGCCUCUUGAGAUUUUCUCAAAUUCCCUUUAUGCUGGUCAAGCCCGAGAAUCCAUUUGGAGAAUGGAUCUGGAAAUGACAUUGGUCCUGAUUUCCAACACACUUGCAUGUGUCUUUGUUGGUCUGCAGCUAUUUUAUGUGAAAAAGUACCCAAAUGUGCUUCCAUCCAUUUCUGUCAUCAUGCUGUUUUUACUUACUCUUGCACACAUGGUUCCACUGUUGUUGAACUUUGAAGCGCUAUUUUUUGCAAACCGCAACAAACAGAAUGUUUACUUGGGUGGUGGUGGAUGGCUUGAAGUGAAUGAGGUGUUAGUAAGAGUAAUUACGAUGGUAGCGUUCUUGUUGGAGUUUCGUCUCCUCCAAUUGACAUGGUCUGCCCGAGCGGGUGAUGAAAAUCAGAAAAGCUUCUGGACAGCUGAUAAGAAAGUUCUGUUUUUGUCAUUGCCUCUCUAUGUUCUUGGUGGAUUAAUUGCAUGGCUCAUCCAUCUAUCAAGGAAACCUUAUCAAAGACGGUUUGCCCUGCUGCACCGCUUCCAUAGGCAGCAACAACAGAACCUAUGGGUGGACCUUAAAUCUUAUGCCGGUCUGAUAUUGGAUGGGUUUCUUCUCCCUCAAAUUCUGUUCAACUUAUUCUGUGACACCAGUGAAAAGGCUCUCGCCCCUUCUUUUUAUCUGGGAAGCACUCUCGUUCGCUUAUUGCCACAUGUAUAUGAUCUUUACAGGGCACACAGUUCUACCUGGACGUUCGAUUUCAUAUAUGCAAACCCAAAACUGGACUUCUAUUCCACUUCCUGGGACAUCAUCAUUUGCUGCGGGGGCCUGCUGUUUGUUUCUCUCAUUUUCUUGCAGCAACGCUUUGGAGGGGGGUGCUUUCUUCCAAGGAGAUUCAGAGAGCGCACCAUGUACGAAAAGGUACCAAUGGCUAUUAGUCUAUCCGAUAAAUCAGUCAGAUCUUAACCCAUUUUCCUUUCAUAAUAACCUUUUUACAUCUCACUUGAUCUUUACUGUAAACUUGAAAUUUUAGAACAUUUAUACUCUUUAAAGAGAUUGUUGAGUUCAAAGGUUGUACAGAGAAAACAGCCAUCUUAUGUUGGCCUGUAAUCAUCUGAAUAUAGUAAAUGCUUUCACAGUAAAACUCUUGUCUUGUUGGAAAACAUUCAUUUGAACCCUAAUAUUGUAUAUAAUAUGAUUGCUAUACUGUUACAGACACAA